AAAUUGACAAUUAAUUAUUUACAUUAAACAUAAUGUCAUUCAAAAAACUUUUCAGCAAAAAGAAAAAUAAAGGAGGAGAUGUAGUGCUGAUUAAGUCGAAAUCAAUUCAAGAACAGUCGCAAUCAACUCUUGAUUUGGACAGUCGUCUUAAAGAGUCGUCUUCAUUGUAUAAUAAGUAUUCAUUGUCUGAGGCUUCGCAUACGUCACAAACAUCUCACGGAAGUAAAGAAUCGACAUAUUCUUCGAGUUCGGGUUCGUCACUGAAUCCAUCAGUUGGACUAAAUCGUCAGACAUUAAAUAGUGAUAACAGUCUAUCAGUUGGAGCGCAGGCAUCGCAUAAUAGGAGUGAUAAGAGUGCGCACAAAGACAAGCAGUCAGUGAAGCCAUCAGUGGCUGUAGUGUCAUCAGUGCAGCAACACAUCAGUCAUCCUACACAAGAGUCACCACAAGUGUUACACCACAAGUAUAAAAGUCGAUCGGAAGCAGCACAGGGACGGUCGGGUAGUCAGUCGACCAAUGAGUCGAACCAUUCAUCAUCGGCACAGACACACCAUCACAAUAACAUACAUUCAAGUGGAGGAAGUGUCAAAAGCGAUACAUUUAUUAAAACAAAUUUGAAAAACAAAUCAACUGAUCAUUUGGUUCAAGAAGUAAAUAAUUCUAGAGAUACGACUACCGGUCGUGAGUCGGGUGCCAUCAGUGGUUUGAGUGCUACCAGUAGUGUCAUUAAGUCGCUAACAUCAAGAAUGCCUAAAGUCAAGGAUAAGGGAGGCGACACCUUUGACUUUAAGCAAUUUCUGGAAAAAGCCAAAGAAGACUUCGAGAAGAAAUGGUCGACUCCUUCAUCAAACACUGCAUCACUCGAUGACUACGAGCGCAUCAAGACGUUGGGAACCGGCUCUUUCGGUAGGGUUAUGCUUGUGAUGAGGAAACAGGGAGUUGGAGGUGGAGGUGACCAACAACAGGGAAAAUACUUCGCUAUGAAGAUACUCGACAAACAAAAAGUGGUCAAACUUAAACAAGUGGAACACACUUUAAAUGAGAAACGAAUUUUACAUGCAGUAGACUUCCCAUUCCUGGUUCAUCUAGAUGCACAUUUUAAGGAUAAUAGUAACUUAUAUAUGGUAAUGGAUUAUGUGCCGGGAGGGGAGUUGUUCUCUCAUUUGAGACGAAUAGGAAAAUUUAGUGAACAGGCGGCCAGAUUUUAUGCCGCACAGAUUGUAUUGGCGUUUGAAUACUUGCAUUACUUAGAUCUCAUUUAUCGGGAUUUAAAGCCCGAAAACCUUUUAAUUGAUCAGCAGGGAUACAUCAAGGUAACAGACUUUGGUUUUGCUAAACGUGUAAAGGGUAGGACAUGGACUUUAUGUGGAACACCUGAAUACUUAGCCCCAGAAAUUAUUUUAAGCAAAGGUUAUAAUAAAGCUGUCGACUGGUGGGCAUUAGGGGUAUUGAUAUACGAGAUGGCAGCCGGCUAUCCGCCUUUCUUUGCCGAUCAACCGAUUCAAAUAUAUGAGAAGAUAGUGUCCGGAAAAGUCCGAUUUCCUUCACAUUUUAGUUCAGAAUUGAAAGAAUUGUUACGAAACCUAUUACAAGUCGACUUAACCAAACGUUAUGGCAAUCUUAAGAACGGAGUUAAUGACAUAAAAAACCAUCGAUGGUUUAGUUCUACCGAUUGGAUUGCUGUCUAUCAGAAAAAGGUUGAGGCGCCAUUUCUGCCCAAAUGUAAAGGACCGGGAGAUACGUCCAACUUUGAUGACUAUGAAGAGGAGACUCUGCGCAUAUCGAGCACUGAAAAGUGUGCGAAAGAAUUCAGUGAUUUUUAAGACAAAUUCACAAAUAAGUCAUUUAUUAUAAUUAUUAAACUAUUAUCCCAACUGUUGGCUCAAUCAUCACAUAAAUGGACACAAUUGAAGACUGAAAUGACCGAAUCGUUCAAUCAAAGAAGUGCAAAAUAAUUACCCGACUUUCGGGAAAACCGAUUCUCGAUUCGAUCGCUUCCGUUAUUAUAUGAUACCUAAUCCAUGAAAUUGUUUUAAAACUAAAGACUAAACAAUAUUUUUUCAUCAAAGUAGUGAAAUUGACAGAAGAUAUAUCCAUGAAUAUGACCAUCAUUUUUGAGCUCAACAGUUGACAACAAAACCAUUAAUAACAUUACCUUUCGGUGCAAUUCUUUGCUUUGUUUCAAAUCAUUGUUUAACUUCAGGACUCAUAUUCUGCUCCAAAAAAACAAUUCUAUAAUUUUUAUUAAUAUUAUGCAUUCGGACAGUGAUUGAGUGCCACGUCUUGUAAAUAGUGAUAUUAAUUACUUUUAGACACUUUAUUAUUAUUACCUAAUACUACGGAUCGGCAGCAAACCAUCAAAACCAUGUCAAACAAAACUAAAAACCCAUUAAUUAUUAUUGAAAUUACAAAAUUUAGUUAACAAUUGGAAUGGUUUAGGGCUUAUUACAAAUUAUUAUAUAUAAAUAUAUAUAUAUAUAUAUAUAAA